AUGGAAGCAUCCCAAGUAAAGGUGUACGGCAAUUGGGCUAGCGCCUAUGUGUACAGAGUGACAUGGGCACUCAAGAUGAAGAACAUAGAGUACGAGUACAUAGAAGAGGACCUGUCCAAUAAGAGCCCGUCCCUUUUGGAGUACAACCCGGUUCACAAGAAGGUGCCGGUCCUCGUCCACGGCGGGCGGCCGGUGGCCGAGUCGGACGUCAUACUGGAGUACAUUGAGGAGGCGUGGCCCGAUCGUGAGCCCGCUUUACUUCCGGCGGAUCCUUACGAGAGGGCCACCGCGCGAUUUUGGAUCGAUUUUGGCCGACAAAAGGUCCCGACAUUUUUCGCGUUCUUCUUUUCUACCGACGAGAACAGGGAAAAUGCAACAAAACAAGUUGUGGAAAUAUCCGAAAUCAUUCAAGACCAAGCUCUAGGUGACAAGAAAUUCUUUGGUGGUGACAAAAUCGGGCUGGUGGACCUGUCGUUCGGGUGGCUAGCCCACUGGUUUGAGCCCAUGCAGGAGCUCGUGGGCCUACACAUUCUCGGGCCAGACACACUGCCGAAGCUGCAUCGAUGGACCGUAGAUUUCAAACAGGAACCUGUGAUUAAGGAAGAUCUUCCAGACAGCAAGGCAUUGUUUGCGCACUUUGAAAAGGUGAAAAAGAAGUUCGAGUCGCCAAAGAGCGAGUAA